CCCCGGCCCGCGGCGGCGGCUGCUCCUCCGGGCCUGGCCGCGGCGCGGACAAUAAGUGGAUGCGUCGCGCGUGAGCGGCAGGGGCGGCGGGCGCAGGUCUCGCCUGGCCGGAGACGGGCGCCGCCGACAUGGGCUGCUUCUGCGCCGUUCCGGAGGAAUUCUACUGCGAAGUUUUGCUCCUGGAUGAAUCCAAGUUAACCCUCACCAGCCAGCAGCAGGGCAUCAAGAAGUCAACGAAAGGUUCCGUUGUCCUUGACCAUGUAUUUCGUCACAUAAACCUUGUGGAGAUAGAUUAUUUUGGGCUGCGAUACUGUGACAGAAGCCAUCAGACGUAUUGGCUGGAUCCUGCAAAAACCCUCGCGGAACACAAAGAACUGAUCAACACUGGACCUCCAUAUACUUUGUAUUUUGGUAUUAAAUUCUAUGCUGAGGAUCCAUGUAAACUUAAAGAAGAAAUAACCAGGUAUCAGUUUUUCUUGCAGGUGAAGCAAGACGUCCUUCAGGGCCGGCUGCCCUGCCCGAUCAACACCGCUGCCCAGCUGGGAGCAUACGUCAUCCAGUCUGAACUUGGAGAUUAUGACCCAUAUAAGCAUACUGCAGGGUAUGUGUCAGAGUACCGGUUUGUUCCUGAUCAGAAGGAAGAACUUGAAGAAGCCAUAGAACGGAUCCAUAAAACUCUGAUGGGUCAGGCUCCUUCUGAAGCUGAGCUGAAUUACUUGCGGACCGCACCCCUGGAGAUGUGGCGUUGAGCCUUCCAUCCCGUCUACGGAGAAAACAAGUCUGAGUAUUUCUUAGGAUUAACUCCGGUUGGUGUUGUUGUCUACAAGAAUAAAAAGCAAGUGGGGAAGUAUUUCUGGCCUCGGAUUACAAAGGUUCACUUCAAGGAGACUCAAUUUGAACUGAGAGUACUGGGAAAAGAUUGCAAUGAAACCUCAUUCUUUUUUGAAGCUCGAAGUAAAACUGCUUGCAAGCAUCUCUGGAAGUGCAGUGUAGAACAUCAUACGUUUUUUAGAAUGCCAGAAAAUGAAUCAAAUUCAUUGUCAAGGAAACUCAGCAAGUUUGGAUCCAUAAGUUAUAAGCACCGGUACAGUGGUAGGACCGCUUUGCAAAUGAGCCGAGAUCUUUCUAUCCAACUUCCCCGGCCUGAUCAGAAUGUGGCAAGAAGUCGAAGCAAGACUUACCCUAAGAGAAUAGCACAAACACAGCCAGCUGGCUCAAACAGCAUAAAUAGGACAACUGCAAACAUGGAAAAUGGAGAAAAUGAAGGAACAACUAAAAUUAUUGCACCUUCACCAGUGAAAAGCUUUAAGAAAGCAAAGAAUGAAAACAGCCCUGAUACCCAAGGAAGCAAAUCUCAUGUACCGUGGGAAGAAAAUGGCCCCCAGAGUGGACUCUACAACUCUCCCAAUGACCGCACCAAAUCCCCAAGGUUCCCCUACACGCGUCGCCGAAACCCCUCCUGUGGAAGCGACAAUGACUCUGCACAGCCAAUGAGGAGAAGGAAAGCCCAUAACAGUGGUGAAGACUCGGAUCUAAAGCAAAGGAGGAGGUCACGUUCACGCUGUAACACUAGCAGUGGUAGUGAAUCAGAAAAUUCUACCAGGGAACACCGGAAAAAGAGGAACAGAAUACGGCAGGAGAAUGAUAUGGUUGAUUCAGCGCCUCAGUGGGAAGCCGUGUUGAGGAGACAAAAGGAAAAAAAUCAAGCAGACCCCAACAACAGGCGAUCCAGACACAGAUCCCGCUCGAGAAGCCCCGAUAUCCAAGCAAAAGAAGAGUUAUGGAAGCAUAUUCAAAAAGAACUUGUAGAUCCAUCUGGAUUGUCAGAAGAACAAUUAAGAGAGAUUCCAUACACUAAAAUAGAGUGAGUAUCCGACCGCGUGCGCAUCCGCCAUCGCACUCGCGCCGCGCGAGCCUACCGCCGAUACCGCCGUCCCAGCUGCUCGACGGAGGCGCUCGGUCCUCUCCGCGGAGGUGAGGUAAAUUCAAAGACGGAACUUGUACCAGCCGCGUGCCUGUGACCCGUUUCCUCGAUACCAGGUUCUGGGGUCUCUACAGUUCGUCAGAGAAGAAACGGGUCUAAAGACAGCCUGAUUGAAGAAAAGUCUCAGACAUCCACAAACAAUCUAGCUGGGAAACACACAGCAAAAACAGUAAAGACUGUCCAAGCUGCCCGCCUCAAGCUAGAGACUUGAUCAUGGAGAAGGGCCAGGGAUGGGGGUGGGGAGGGUGUAUGUGCCACUGGUACUUUUGAAACUGUGAAUUAGGUUAUUCAAAUUUCUUGGACCUGCAAGUGUUUCUUCAGCAUCUUUUGAUUCUUUUAAAGGCUAAGCUACAGCAUACUUGUGCUGAAGGGCCUUUUUAACUGGAAGGAUAGUUUUGUAAAAAUUCACUUGAUGCCACAUUUUCCUUCCUGAAACAAAGUAUCUUGUGCCUGCAUCUGCCACUACCAAGACCAGAUGCUUCUGAUCAAGGUUCUGGAAUUCUGGACUGCAGCUCGAGUGUUGUGCAAUACUACACCAAGUGGAAGAAGUCUUCCCAACUCUGGGUGAUUCCCAGAGUGGCCAGAUGCACAAGGACUGAGGCUUCACUUCCAGACUGCAGAUAUUUUUAUUCCUAUAAGUAUUAAGUUCUUUGUAAUACUGUAUUUUGUGGUGUUAUGUUCUACUAGUUAUUUACAAAAGAUGUAAAAAGCUUUGUUAAGUGUUGCUUUUAAGUUCUUAAGUGUCCUUGUGUUUUCAGAAAAAAAGAAAAGGCUAAGUGUGGAUUUCAGUCCCUUAACCCUCUCUGGCCAUCCAACUUGCCAGCUCUCCCCAAUAGCUAUUUUAGACCUUUCCUCUCCCCAGAUGACUUUGCAACUUACAGGGAAAGUAUUUAUGCAAGACACCUUUUAUCUUCCAUUUAUCACAUACUUUUCACAGCUGCCAUGAACUCUAAGUCCCUUUCUUGUCCCUCUACCUGUGCUUUUGGAGCCCCUCUUCUCAGGAUUUGUCUCUGCUCUCUCCUGGGUUACUGUAUCCCACCUCUUUAAGCUAGAUCCUUGCUACUUGGUUUGAAACUUGACUUAAAUGUAAAAAAUAAGCCACAACAUUGACAACCACAAAUCCCUCUCUAGCUACUAUUUUUUCUUACUAUUAGUUCUCACAGAGGACUCUCUGUGGUCAGUGCCCUCCAUUCAUCUAAUCCCCAUUUUAAACUAUUUCUAAUAUGGAAUCUUACUACUCCACUAAAAUCACCAUGUCACUUAGAACCCAAGGAGACUUUUUAGGACUCGUAAUGUUUCUGUACUGUAAGGCUGUUUUGUUCCUACCAUUCAGACCAUCCUUUGCAACUCAUCCUGUUCUACCUUGCCCAUUAGUUAUUGAAGUUUCUCAAAUUUCAGACCUAGGCUUGCUUCCUGUAACCCAGGCAGAUCUCAUUUAUAUCCAUGGCCUUAAGGUUAGACUAGAGUUGUGUUCUGCCAGGAGAGUAAUUUAAAUUCAACUAGUUAUAUGCCACUCCCUAGCUAGGUCCAGUGCCAUUAUGCUUGUGAAUGUUCAAAGUGAGACACCCACCACUCAUUAUGAACACCUCCUAAUUGGCUUUGCCCUCAAACUAUAAACAAUCUUAUUUAACUAAUUUUGCCACUAUUCCAAGCUGCUCAUCUCUUGCCUAAACAGUAGUGGCCUAAUGGGACCACUUACAUCCCUUUCUUACAAAUCUGAUUUCUACCAUGUAUUUCCCUUGCAUGUUUUAAAAAAGCUGGGAGCCUUAAGUGGUCUGGGUUCUUUACCUACCUCUUUUAAGACUCGUAAUCAAUCCCACCUCCCAUAAUAGCCAUCUUACAAGCCUCAUUAUGCACUCAAUUCCAAACAGGGCACUGAAGAGGGAAAGCAGCCGAAACUGUCACAUGUAUUAGACUCAUGGUCAUUACCUUUUUUCUAGCCAAAGGUCUCAGUGUCAUUCCCCCAAUUUUGCUUUGCUCCUCUCCACCCCAAACCCUACCUUCAGUCUUAACUCUGCUUUCUCAGGUUUCCCUGACUUGGUCAAAUCCUACCAUGGGAUUCAUCUCAUGAUGGAUGGAAGUUUUGCAUUUGUGAUGACAUUCCCUCCACUCAGCUGUAAGCUGCCAAAGGGAGGAAUCGUGUUGUGCUUACCAUUGUGUUCUCAGCUCCUAGUACAUCACUUUCAAUAAAAUCUUUGAAUGCCUGAA